UGUUAUCAAAAUCUCAAUCCUUUGUUAGCAAAAUGUUUUGCUGCGUAUUAUUUUCAUUCGAAAUUUUUUUUGUUUAUUUUUGAAAAAAUGGGUGAAAUCAAAGAAGAGAUUGACGAUGAAAAACCACAUCUUUAUAAUCUUCAACAAAUGGAAUUUCCAAAUGAUGGUUUCAAUAUGCAAACACCACCAGUAGUAGCAUCGACAUCUACAACAAUUGAAAAUGAAACAAAAAUUAUCAACGAUAAAAAUAAAGUUGUAAAAACGAAAAUUCGUAAAUCGAAAAAUAAAUUACCAAACAUGCAAAAAGUGGAUACAAAUGCUAAAUUGGAACGUAGUAGACAAAGUGCACGUGAAUGUCGUGCAAGAAAAAAACUUCGUUAUCAAUAUUUGGAAGAUUUGGUCACCAAACAUGAACAUGCUAAUAUUCGUUUGAAAAAGGAAUUUGAACAGUUAAAAGAGAUUGUUUCAAUGUUAUCAUCUGAUCAAUAUAAUGUGGAAGAUGUGCGAAAACAUUAUGAAUCGAUUCAAGCGCCAAAACAAUAAAAUCAUGACAUAAUUUAAUAAUCUCAUCAUUUUUUGCAAUAACCUGU